AUUCAAAACAGAACACAUUCCAGAUAGAUAAACUUAACAGUUAAUACACGGUAUGUACGGUACACCUGAUAAGUACAGAACUUAAUGAACGGGCACAGGUCGCUAUAUUACACAACGUUCAAAUACUCUUAUUCAAAUAUUUACUAGUGCUUCUACGUUAACUACGGAAACUCAAUAAAUAUGGAAAGCACAUUCGGGGAACUUGUGGAAAGCAAAGCAAAACUGAAUUACGGAGGCAUGAAAGAAUCCACACAGAAAAGAAACCUUGUGUUUGUAAGGAAUGUCAGAAAUUCUUCAACUGUAAAUCACAGUUGCAAUCUCAUAUCCAAUUCCACUUCGGAGAUAAACUGCAUAUUUAUUGUGGUAAGUGUUUCACAACGAAAAGUACUUUGCAGGGACAUGGACGAAUCCACACUAAAAAACAAAAUUUUAUUUGUAAAGAAUGCCAGAAGUCCUUCAGAUGUCAGACAAUUUUGCGAAGUCACAUGCAAACCCAUACCGGGGGAAAACCAUUCAUUUGUGAUCAUUGUGGAAAGUGUUUUUCGCGAAGAUCUUGUCUGAAACAGCAUACAAGAAUCCACACUGGUGAAAAGCCUUUCACUUGUAGACAUUGUGGAAUGUGUUUUUCGAAAACUUCUAGUCUGAAAGACCAUAUUAGAACCCAUACUGGAGAAAAGCCAUUCCCUUGUGAACAUUGUGGAAAGUGUUUUUCGAAAGGUUCUGGUCUGAAGAUGCAUAUUAGAACCCAUACUGGAGAAAGGCCAUUCUGUUGUGGACAUUGUGGAAGGUGUUUUACUCAACGUGAUGGUCUGAAAAAGCAUAUUAGAACCCAUACUGGAGAAAGGCCUUUCACUUGUAUACAUUGUGGAAUGUGUUUUUCGCAAAGUUCUCAUCUGAAAGAGCAUAUUAAAAUCCAUACUGGAGAAAAGCCUUUCACUUGUAAACAUUGUGGAAAGUGUUUUGCGCGAAUUUCUUAUCUGAAAAGGCAUGUUAGAACCCAUACUACCUUUCCAUUGUAAAAAGUGUUUUGUGCAGAGUUCUAUCCCGAACGAGCAUAUUAGAAC